UUCGCGUCAGCGGUAUCGGUUAUUUGGUUUUUUUCACCCUCCGUCUCUGUUUUCGUUCGCACGCGAAACGUCCGACGCGAUACGGGCGCUUGUGAUAUACAUAGUUGGUAAACGUCAUACAACAUGCAACGAAGUGACACUCGAAUCGCGACGAGCGACCGCCGGCCGUCCGGGUGACAUCGUCCCGCGGGACUCGGCGUCGCGUCCGCGAGAAUAAUCGCGCUCGUUUCCUCCCUCUCUUCUACCCGCGAGUGACAUCGAGCGAUAUCGAAAUAUCGAUCGAACGGCCACCGAUCGCUCUCUUUCCCCUCUCUUUAUCUCUCGAUCGCGAGGAUGGAUCGUUUCGCGGAGCGACGGCGCGCGCGCGACUGUUGACAUCGCGCACGACCGGACCGUUUCAUUCGCAGCCGGAUUAUAUCGUCAUUCUCGGCGUCGCGUGUGUGCCCGGUGCGCGGCCUCCUCUCCUCGUAGAAUGGACACUCGCCGUCGUAACGACGGCGUUGUCAGCGGCGCGGUGCGCGCAUCGAUCAACCCGUGAAGGCAGGCGACCCUCGUCGCCGAGAGACGGCGGCGGCGAGACGCUAGACAGAGAAACGCGAAGUUGGCCGCGCGAGAGUUCCCGGCCGUUUCGCUUUCGCGAUACACGACAUCGAUAUAUAAACCCCGCGAAAAAGAGGAGGAAUGGAUGUAACUCGUCGCCGCGUUCUCCUCGUUCCCGUGCAAUGGCAGACGCGCCGCGGAUCAGCCGCUCCGACGGCGGUUUCCGACGGACGACGACGCGGCUGAAGUAAGCGACGACGAGUGAGUCGGUGAUCAACGACGACACAUAUCGAUACAUAUAUCGUUCGUUCGCGCGCCAGCGCGCGCGACGCCAGAUACUCGCGGAAUUGUGUGCCUGUUGUGUGCGUCGAAAUAAAUAAAUAGAGAAAAAAAAAAAAAAACGUUCAUCCGUCCGUCAGAGUGACAUCGAGGAGGAAGAUCGCGUUAACGAGAUCUGUCAAGACGGACUCAUCGAUGACGCGCGUGUGUUGAUCGGCGUGUGCUCGGGUGCCCCGAUAUCUUUCCUUAACCUUCAUAGAGGUUUCGGUUGUGUGCGAGCGAUCCUCGGAGCAUCAUCGGCAUCACGGAGGAACGGAAAGAGCACGACGCACGACGGGGCAGCCCUCGGAUAUAUUAAUGAAGAUGUACCGCGGAUUGAUCGAUCGGUUGCUCCUGCUAGCGGCCUUCGGAAUCACGGUCCAAGGGCAACUGAAAUGUCCACGGAUAACCGAGCACCCGUCGGACAUAAUAGUCGCGAAAAAUGAGCCGGUGACGUUGAACUGCAAGGCGGAGGGUAAACCCGAACCGGUGAUAGAGUGGUACAAGGACGGCGAGCUCGUGCAGACGUCGCCGGGCGACGCCAAGUCGCAUCGGGUCUUGCUACCUACGGGAUCCCUGUUCUUUCUGCGGGUGAUGCACGGCAAGAAGGAGCAAGAUGGCGGUGUAUAUUGGUGCGUCGCGCGGAAUAAGGCGGGAUCCGUCCCGAGCAGGAACGCCACGCUCACAGUCGCAGUGCUGCGGGAUGAGUUUCGCGCGGAGCCGCAGAACACGAGGGUGGCCGCCGGGGAGACGGCUUUGCUUGAGUGUGGACCGCCCCGCGGCCAUCCGGAGCCGACCCUCCAUUGGAAAAGGAACGGUCACAUAAUAGACCUGGAUGCGACGAAACGGAUAACCCUCGUGGACGGAGGUAAUCUAAUGAUAUCCGACGUGAGGCCAGCCGAUCAGGGCAAGUACCAGUGCAUCGCCGAAAACAUGGUCGGCACCAAGGGAUCCGCGACAGCGAUUCUCACGGUUCACGUGAAGCCGUACUUCGUGGCCACGCCGUCGAACCAGACGAUCCUCACGGAUCAGACGGCGGAGUUCGUCUGUAGGGUGGGCGGCGACCCGUCACCGGAGAUUCUGUGGCGGCGAAACGACGGCAAGAUGCCGAUAGGUCGGGCGCAUAUCCUCGAGGACAAAAGUUUACACAUCGAGCGGGUGAAUCCCCAAGAUCAGGGGACGUACAUCUGCGAGGCGGAGAACGGCGUCGGCACGAUAUCAGCGAGCGCCACUCUUACCGUGCACUCGAGACCGGUAUUCACCAACUUCCCCAAGGACGAGACAGUAAGCUCCAACAGCGACGUUACCUUCUCGUGCGCGGCGCGCGGCUCGCCAAAGCCGUCGAUAUUUUGGACCCGGGAGGGCUCCCAGGAGCUAAUGUUCCCCGGCCACACGUAUCAGAGUCACUAUACCGUCACGGAAAACGGAAGUCUGAGUAUCAAGGGCGCCGUCAGGAAGGACGAGGGUCACUACGUGUGUAGCGCCAUUAGUCAGGCCGGCGCCAGCACCGCGACUGUAUUUCUUCAGGUGACGUCCGUUGAGGAGACACCGCCGCCCAUAAUCGAGCUGGGCCCGGCGAAUCAAACCCUGCCGUUGAAGAGCGUCGCCUCAUUGCCUUGCCGAGCGGUCGGUACACCCACGCCGCGGGUUCACUGGCACAAGGAGGGCGUGCUUGUACGUCCAGGUGGUCGUAUCACGAUGGCCAUCAACGGCACGCUGUUCAUCGACGAUCUGCACACCAAUGAUUCCGGCCUGUACACCUGCAUCGCCUCGUCCGAGUCCGGCAACACCUCGUGGUCGGCCUAUCUGACAGUGAGUUCCGGCGCCAGCUUUCACCGUACGCCCGACAUGUCGGCGCUGCCGCAGAAUCCGAGCAAGCCGCGAAUAGUGAACGCCACGAGUAAUUCGGUCACCCUGACGUGGAGCCCGGGCCAGGAGGGCCAGAGCAAAAUCGUCGGCUACAAUAUCGAGUACUAUAGCAGCAACCUGAACACCGGCUGGGUAGUGGCAGCCACGGGUGUCCUCGACGACAUCUAUACCGUGACAGAUUUAAGGCCGGAGACCAAUUAUGUUUUCCUAGUACGGGCAGAAAAUAGUCACGGGCUCUCGUUGCCCGGACCAUUGUCGGACGUGGUGCAAACUACUAACGUAAAUCAGCAUACGGUACCACAAGUGGAACUGACUCGCGCCAGAGAUCGGUUGAACAGCGAGAUUUUACAUCUCAAAGAGGUGCAACCGUUGACCAGUACCAGCGUCAAGAUUAUGUGGGAUAUUCUCGGCGCGGCGGAUUUAGUGGAAGGUCUUUAUAUACGAUAUCGCGAAGUUUCCGAGAAACCAGAGUAUCAAAUGGUCACGGUACUUAAUGCCGGCGCCACCAGUUACGUGCUUACCAACUUAAAAAAAUAUACGCGAUACGAGUUCUUCCUGGUUCCCUUCUACAAGAUAAUCGAGGGUCGACCGAGCAAUGUAAAACUCGUCACCACUCUUGAGGACAUACCUUCAGGCGCUCCCGAGAACGUUCACGUAGGAAUGAUAAAUAUGACCUCGGCGUUCGUUCGGUGGUCGCCGCCGCCGAAGAACACUCAAAAUGGUCAAUUGAUCGGUUACAAGAUUCAGAUCAAGAGCAACAGCAGCAAUAAAAUCCUAGGUCAAAUGUCCCUGAACGCAUCAACCACAUCGGUGAUCAUCAACAGUCUGACUACUGGCGGUCUGUAUACGGCACGCGUCGCUGGACAAACUCGCAUCGGACUCGGUCCCUUCUCCAGUCCGACACUGUUGAACAUGGAUCCGGGACAACUAACGCAAUUACCGCCGCGAACCGAUCCCAGUCACGGGGGUGCGUCUGUCGUCAGAGAAACGUGGUUUCUUGUGCUCAUGAUAACGAUGAUAUUCGUCGGUAUCGUUGUGUUGCUAGCUGUGUUAUACGUGAGACGCAGGCAAGCAAUGAGUAAGCAACUGGGUCACUUAAACGUGCCCGUGGGUACCGCAAACGAUAUCUGUCAAUUAAACAAGGAUACGCUCUGGUUGGAGCGCGGUUGGCGGCCUACCAAUACUCUCCAAGCUGCCAAUGACAAGGAUUGCGAGACCAAGUUGCUCAACAAUCAGCAUAUGCUGGCAGCUGGUAUAAUGGGCAUGACCGGCUCGGAGUACGCUGAGGUGAAUCUAACAACGUUUUAUAACACACGCAAGCAAAUGCAGGCACCGCCACCGGAGCCGUAUGCUACUACGACUCUAUGCGUGGGAAGUCGUAAUUCGGAUUCGAUCGAAACCAGCUGCCAGAAAUCAAACUCUAGCGACUCGUGCCUGAAACCCGAUUAUUCGAGUCUGGACUCGAAUCAGGAGCCCAAUAAAUCCACGGUGUCGCCGAGUAGCGAUAACAUGAGUGGCGGCGACGCUACCUACGCGGAUGAGAAUCUAGAUAUACAAAGAAGGCAGUACAGAAUAGCAGGACCAACGAGCAGCGACGCGCCUCAAACCAGUAUGCCAAUGCCUAACUGGUGUGACAUGUUACCGCCGCCACCCGAACAUCCGCCUCCGCUUGGCGCGUCGAUGGCCGCUGGCCGAAUGCAACAGCAGCAGCAUCAGUUGCAACAUCCGCAUCAACAACAACAACAGCAAGUGCCGUUUAGUCCGCAUCUCGGCAAGAGAAGCGUUCAAAAUGACCUGGAUCACUGCGGCGGCUCCAGCGCCGGCUCAGGCAAUCUGCAGAGUCCACCCACUCCACCCAUCAGAGUGACAAACAGCUUCAGUCCAUCACCGACACCAUGGAACGGUAGUGGGCAGAGCCAGCAACAUUCGGAUCCUGGCAUUCUCCCGGUGCCCAGUAAUCUACAAGUGUCGCAGGGCAGAUACACUACACUACCGCCGCAAACUAAUCCGCCGCCAUUGCCCUCGUUCCCACAGACUUUCAAUCAUUAUGACUACAAGAAUCAAGAGAACGAAUACGAGAGCGGUUCCGUCAUUUACGGCCAUCACCACCAGAACGGUCUAUCGGACGACUACAGCGUUCGCGAUUCCGGAUUUGCGCGCUCCUGCAAUCAACAACAGUCGCAUUUAACGCCGUCGUCUAUAAGCGAGGAGCUCUAUCGGCACAGGGAUGACAUGUUUCACAACGAUAAUCUUUAUCAGCCCGAAAACGACGAAUGGGAUAGGAAGUCGUGCGAUUCUAACACACAUUCGGACGCUUGCUGCUCAUGCUCGGAAUCGAGUUGCCUCUAUGCCGAUACCGUACAGUACAAUGCACAACAAUACGGUAGCGCAUGCGGCCACAGUAGCGGUAGAACAACAGGUUCCCGAAGCAGGAGUAACAGGAGUCCGCGAAGAAGAAAUAGAACGGCCUCGCCUACGUAUAGUAGCGAUAGCAAUUACUCUUGCAUCCCUCCGAGACAGUGCGGAAACACGAAUUCACAGGAAAGACUGAGGCAUAAUCGUAGUAAAGACAAAUUGCCUGGCUUUUCGAGAACGGGCGGUUACAGCCAGCAUAAUUCUUCGGCCUCGAAUACGAUGAGUAGUACGGGCAGCCAGCGAUACAAUAAGCUAAAUAGUAUCUUUGUAAGCGGCAAUAACCCAAUCGCUCCAACGGACUCUAGUCGACUGGGUGAUCACCGUGAGAGCUAAAUUCUGCCUGAAGCAAAUAUAGGACGUGCCUGAACGGACGGCCUUCGAUCACAACGAAUGAUCGCAGUCUGCAUUACAGGAGGCCGUUACGCAGUCAGCAAACUUGUCGCGGACGCUUGUCAAGUACUGUAAGCGCGCCUUUAUAUAUAGUUGACAGUCCGCAAGCUGAUAUACUCUGGUUUAAUUUGUUGAUUAUAUACAGGCUCAUUAAGAAAGUGAGUUCGAUAACAAAAUUGCGGGGCGAAUCUCGCGCUUUUCUGCGUACCACCGCAUUACAUAAUAUUGAGAAGGUUUGAUAGAUUUCACAAAGCAAUUAGUAAGUAUUCCAUGACUGAGAACGCUUACGUUUAGCCGAUUAUAUGCGGCGGUAGCUUAAGCUCGUAGAAUAUAUCCCUAUGUUUGUACGAAGGGCAAUAACAGUCUUCUAUCGCGGAAGGAACAUAAUCUCGAUAUUUGAAGAUUGUAGAAUAAACCUCGUGAUUGACAUUCGCGGCGCUUUUUAUUAACGCUUUAACGCCGGUACAACCCGUUAUAUACAUAUAAUAUAUUCGAUCGUUUUGUACUCACUAUUCGAAUAAGGGCUUUCAGAAAAAAAGAUCAGCGACGCGUAAUAGUAUUUCUUUUUCGAGCAGACUUCGCCAAAUAGAUUGAUGAAAACGCUUCAUUGGAACUUUAUUUAUAUUUGCUUUAUGCCUCAAUUUAUAUGACGCUGUGAAACGAAAGCGAUUGCGAGUUUCGAACGAUGUUAAGGAAAAAAAAGAAAAGUAGAAAAAGUUAUAUUUGCUGUCGCGUCAUGUUCUUUGAGCGAAGAUUCAAACCCCAAGCGGCCACGCCAGUCUAAUAUUCCAGUUGACUUUUUAAACUUUAUUAUACUCUCGACUGCCAUAUAUACUGCCAUUCCCGUUGACAUUUUUUCGCGCAUCACGCGUUAAGGUGUUCUAUUAAUUUAAUUAAGUAAUCUUUUAAAUAAUGACUUUAAAAAUUAUAUAUUUAACUCGCGAAUGCCAACAAGCUAUAAAGGCUCUCGCGCGACUGAUUCCGGAAGUAAAAGUUUAAGCGUAUGAAUAUCACAAUUCCACAUUUCAGAAAUUUUUUUUUUUUUACAUGCCAAUAGCACAAACGGAGAAGAAAAUAUACGGUUUCGAGUGCUGUAAUGAGCUGGUCUAUUCGAACGCGAACAAAGGAUUCAGGUCACAUAAAAAGCGUACGAAUCAAGCAAACGCAGUUUAUCAGUACUUUAGUUGUCGAAAUUUAUUUGCGAAGAUAGCUUUCAAUAAUUUCAAUUUAAUUUCAUAAAUUAAUAAAAUAGAAUCAAGUUUUUUUUUCUUGCAGUAGUGUAAAGCAUAUUCUUCUUAUAAAAAAUAAUACACGAUUUUAUGAUUAAAAAAUUGAUUAAAAUUGUUAAACUAUCGCAAAGAGAUAUUUGAUGAUUUAUUUAAGAAGAGAUUAAUCUCCACCGUGUGCCAUCAUAGCAAUAAUAAAAGUGUAUACGUAUACAUGAGAUCGUGUGGAGAUAAAUAUUUACGAAAACGAAAUUUUAAAAUCUUUGGUAUAACUCUUGGAACAAUGUGCUUUCUUGAUCUCCUUACGUAGUAAAAUAAUUUCAUUCGGAAAUCGUUCUAUUGAAAACAAUCGAGCGAACAAUUGUUCAAUAUAUACAAGAUUAAAUCGGUUAACUGUAUUUGCUUGUUCUUUGCGUGGAAUAAUCCUUUCGUUACGAUUAGUUUUUGUCAAAUUUAAUUUUACUUUUUGCAAAAGAAGCAAUUGCUUUUUAUCGUGUGAUACUCAAGUGUAUUAUAUCGCGGAUUGUACAGCGAUCACUUAUAUCCAUAUUCCAGAAUGGAUUUAAAUGAUAUUUAAUUUAUAAACGAGUUUCUUCGAUUCUGAAUGAUAACGAUUGCAUUUAGCGCGAUUAAAUGCGGUGAAGAUGAGGCAAGUGAUUCUAUUGUCGUUCUUAAUUCGAACAAUUAGAGGCAGGUGCGAUUAUGACUCUUAGCGAAACACGGGUGAAACUUUAACGGAUGGGCAAGCAUAACCGUCGUAGCGAAAGGAUUAACAUGUCGCGCUCACACAUUGAUCUUACAAAGCGUAGCAUUUAUUUUCGAUGGCCUGUACUGGUAUUCUGAUUACGCGCGAUAAAUGAAACAUAUUAUUUUGGAUAUAACGUUCCUAAAUCUUAAGAGAAGUAAUCCUGGGGGCUAAUUUUCACGAAGGAGGACGACGUAUAUAAUUCUUCCAAAACGAAUACACGUAGUAAUACGUUUUUAAAGAAACGAAGUAACAAUAAUAUAUAUAUAUAUAUAUAUAUAUAUAUAUAUAUAUAUAUAUAUAUAUAUAUACAUAUAUAAUCAUAUCAGACACGCACGCAAACUCUGUAUAAAUUGUAUAAAGUUAUUCUAACAAGAUUAGUCAUUAGUUAUUAAUUUAUACGCCGUAUCGAUUAAAGCCAUAUUACAUAAGCGAGAAAGACUUGUAAGGUGUUUCGUGUAAUCUGUUCAUUAUACACGUACGCAACACGAUAUGUAAAAUUGAUACGUAAAAUUGAAAGAUCGCUAGAAAUGUGCGUUUCGAAGUUGUAUUGCCGAUGCAAAGUGCGUUAUUCUUGAAUGCGUACCUGAUUCUGAUUUUAUCGGAUGUUUCCGUCGCCACGGUCUAAUUUUUCUCAUGGAAUGGAUAAUUAAUAAAUGCUAAUCAUAAAUUUAAAUAUCAUAUGUUUAUAAAAUCACUUUUUAAUUAAUAUUAUUAUAUUAUUAUUAGAAAUAAAGUAUUAUAAGAAUAAAAAUAUAAAAAGUUGUUAAAAUUUGUGAAAUAAUGAAAGCAAUAUAUAUAACACGAUUCGUAAAUAAUUUUAAAAUGUUUAUACUUUGAAAAGUGAUAUUUCUUAGGUCUUUAUAUUUUUUUCCUUCCGCAUUUAUUUUUUAGUUAUCUUUGCGAUCUGUGGAACUUUAGAUCGAAAACACAACGAAAUUAAUUUGCAUUCGUAAUGGAAGCACGUUUGCAUGGGGAUUAAAAAAAAAUUGUAUACUAUGAAAACUAUGGAAUUAUAUUACUAUAUGGAUUCUCGUUUUUCUUUCCUUUGAAACGCAUAUUUUUAAUAAGAGAGAGAGAGAGAGAGAGAAUGUUGCAUCUAUUCGUAGAAUUUAUAAUGUCGCAUUUACGGAUGAUUCGGAUCAGCGUUUUUCGCAUUAUAUUUCAAUAGACGGAUUUAAAGAGAGGAGCUAUAUAAAUUUCAAAAUAAACAUCAUGUAAUGAAUAAAACAUUUACUACAAGAAAA